AUGCACAAGGCAGCAAAGUCCUCAAAGUUCCUAAAGCCAUCCGAAAAGAAGAAAGCAGGCAAGGCAGUAGUAGGAAGUGACGCACCCCUCGGAAAAGACGACCUUCUUAUGCGCGAGAUCCUGGCCAUGGGCGGGUCCGCAAAGGACAUGGAGCUCUUCCAGGAUAUCGAUUCCGGAUCUGAGCUCGAAGGUGGCGAUAGCGACGACGAUAGUGAGGUCAAGAAGGUCAAGACUGUCAAGGUGGCGGUUGUUAAGAAGGAGAAGAAGAAGCCUGUCAAAUCUGAUCCUGCCGAGGAGGAGCCAGGAUUGAAGAACGAGGUCGCAAGUUUCAUGAAAUCCCUCUUUGGCUCCGCUUUGAUGGACUCUUCAAAGAUGAGCACCGCCGCUGAGGAAGAAGACGAUUCUGAAGAAGCCGCCGAAGCCGCUGCUGACUCUGAGGACGAGGACUCUGAAAACUGGGCUACUGAGGAGGAAGGCAGUGAUAUCAACGAGGACGAUGAAGAUGAGCAAGGCCAGGACCAGGAGGAUGGAGGGGAGGACUCGGGCGAUGAUAGUAUGGACGAUUUACCACAGGAGCUCAAGGAUAUUCAUGCACAGCUGGAGACCAAGAAACGUAAAUCUGACGCCGUUACCCCGGCCUCCUCAAAAGCAGCAGCAGCAGCAGCGCCUCAACAACCCAACAAGAAGGCAAAGACAGCCGCCGGCGCCGCUGCCACGACCACCAAAAUUACAAAGGCCUUGCCUGCAAAGAAGAACUCGGAACUCGCCAAACAGGUCUCGAAACUCCUGGGGGAAAAGAAGACCGCCACCUCAGCAACAACAACAUCAUCAUCAGCAGCAGCGACAAAGAUCACCAAGAAGAAAGUGACGACUACCAUCACAACAACAAAAAAGACAACAAGUGCCGUUGGUGCGAAGAAGGCGACGGCCUGGAAGCUUGGAGAUGGUUGGAGUAAAGGAUUUGAAGACGACGAUGAUGAAGCGGCACCUUCAAAGCCUGCCAACAAGAAGAACAACAAGAUCGAUACCCAGAGGAAGAAGAAGCUGGCUGCCUUCAAGUCUAGGAGGUAG